CAGACCGGAAGUGUUUCUGUUUUAAACAGUCGCGAUCGCUGCUGUGUUGUUUUAUACGUUUUGUAAACAUUUUAUUUUGGUUUGUUGUAACCUUUUCGUCCACAGAAAUGGGUAAAAGACAGCAUCAAAAAGAUAAGAUGUACAUUACAUGUGCAGAAUACACUCAGUUUUAUGGAGGGAAGAAAUCAGAAAUUCCUCAAGGCAAUUUUAGGCGACUGCCCUUCGAUCACUGCAGUCUCUCUCUUCAGCCCUUUGAGUAUCCAAUGUGCACAGUGGAUGGGGUGGUGUUUGAUUUAAUGAGCAUAGUGCCCUGGAUUAAGAAGUAUGGUACCAACCCCAUUACUGGAGAGAAGCUUGAAGCUAAAUCCCUCAUCAAGCUUAACAUCAGCAAAAACAAUGAUGGGAAGUACCACUGUCCUGUGCUGUACACCGUCUUCACAAACAACUCUCACAUUGUUGCCAAUAAAGUCACUGGAAAUGUUUUCUCAAACGAGGCUGUGGAACAGCUCAACAUCAAGACAAAGAGUUAUAAAGACCUGCUGACCGACGAGCCCUUCACCCGUCAGGAUCUCAUCACUUUACAGGAUCCUACAAAUCUGGAUAAAUUCAAUGUGUCCAACUUCUUCCAUGUUAAAAACAAUUUGAAAGUCCUGGACCCAGAUGAGGAGAAGGCCAAACUUGACCCAGCGUACCAUCUUAAAACCACCAAUCUUGAGACGCGAGAAACGCUGGCUGAACUCUACAGGGACUAUAAAGGAGACCAGCUGUUGGCUUCCACCAUGAAAGAGCCAGAAACCAAAAAAACAGACAAGCUCAAUGCUGCUCACUAUUCCACUGGACGAGUUUCUGCAUCCUUCACAUCCACAGCAAUGGCUCCAGCUACCGUUCAUGAAGCAGACGCCAUUGCUGAUGAUGCCGUUCGAUACCAGUAUGUUAAGAAGAAAGGCUAUGUUCGCCUGCAAACCAACAAAGGGGAUUUGAAUCUGGAGUUACAUUGCGAUAAGGUCCCUAAGGCUGGAGAAAACUUUAUUAAACUGUGCAAGAAAGGAUAUUACGACGGCACCGUAUUCCACCGCUCUAUUCGAAAUUUCAUGAUUCAAGGAGGAGACCCUACAGGCACUGGUACAGGCGGUGAAUCGUUUUGGGGGAAAAAGUUUAAGGAUGAAUUCAGACCCAAUCUGUCACACACGGGUCGUGGCAUUCUCAGCAUGGCUAACUCGGGACCCAACACAAAUAAAUCACAGUUCUUCAUAACGUUCCGCUCAUGCACAUACCUGGACCGGAAACACACCGUGUUUGGAAGAGUGGUUGGUGGAUUUGAGACUCUCACAGCGUUGGAGAAUGUUGAAAGUGAUCCUAAGACAGACAAACCCAAGUCAGAGUUAACAAUUCUGAGUGCUUCGGUAUUCGUGGACCCUUAUGAGGAAGCGGAUGCACAGAUCACAGCCGAGCGGGAGAAAGAGGCCCAGAAACAGGAGGAGGAGAGAGCGCAAACUUCUGCUUCGACCAGCAAAGCAAAGACAGAAUCGCAGCCGAAAACCUUUCGAUCGGGAGUGGGCAAAUACAUCAACAUGGCUGCCAAGAAACAUUCCCAUCCAGAUAGUGACAAACCCUCCACAAGUGAAACACCUGCCAAGAAACCCAAAGGCAGAUCGGGUUUUGGAGACUUUAGCUCGUGGUAGAGGAACUCCGAUCUACAGGACUGUCUGGUUUUGGACACAAUAUGAGAUGUUGGACUGAACGUGACACUCGUGAAGUGUCUUUAUUAUCUUUAUUUCCUUUUUUGUAUUUGAGUGAUGAAAGUUAUACAGUUUUGUAGGGCUGUUUAAUGAUUAAUCGUGAUUUAUCGCAUCCAGAAUAAAAGUUUGUGUUUACAUAAUACAUGUCUGUGCGUGUGUUAUAUUUAUUUUGUAUUUAUACACAUACAUGUAUAUAGUUAAGAAUAAAAAAAGAAUAAAUGUUUAUAUAUAUAAUUCAAAUUAUAUAUAAAUAUACAUUUACACACGCAAAUAUUUCCUAAAUAUAUAUACAGUACAUGUGUUCAUAAAUAC